UGAGGGGAUACUUUGUUUUCACAAUGUGAAUAGCCUUGAUUGAUUAAUCAUUUUAAUGUAGAACUUUAUUAACAUUCUCAUUUUAGUUUCUUGUUAUUUUCUUUUGUCUGGAAACAUUCUAGCGGAUAAAUCAAUGGAUAGAGCAAAUCACUCUGUGGUGUCAGAGUUUGUGUUCCUGGGACUCACCGAUUCCUGGGAGAUCCAACUUCUCCUCUUUGUGUUCUCCUCUAUGGUUUAUGUGGCAAGCAUGAUGGGAAACUCCCUCAUCAUGCUCACUGUGAUUUCUGACCCUCACUUACACUCCCCCAUGUACUUUUUGUUGGUCAACCUGUCCUUCAUUGACCUGGGAAUUUCUUCUGUCAUUUCUCCGAAGAUGAUUUAUGACCUUUUCAGAAAGCGUAAAGUCAUCUCCUUUGGUGGCUGCAUCGCUCAAAUCUUCUUCAUCCAUGUCAUUGGUGGCGUGGAGAUGGUGCUGCUCAUCGCCAUGGCCUUUGACAGAUAUGUUGCCAUAUGCAAGCCUCUGCACUACUUGACUAUUAUGAACCGAAAAAUGUGUAUUUUGCUUACAGUUGCUGCCUGGGUAAUUGGCUUGACCCACUCUGUGAUUCAACUGGUUUUUGUAAUAACAUUGCCAUUCUGUGGCCCUAAUGUGUUAGACAGCUUUUAUUGUGACUUUCCUCGGUUCAUCAGACUUGCCUGCACAGACACCUACCGUCUAGAGUUCAUGGUCAUAGCCAACAGUGGGUUCAUAUCUCUGGGAUCAUUCUUCAUAUUGAUUGUCUCCUACAUUUGUAUCCUGAUCACUGUUUGGAAACACUCUUCAGCAGGCACAUCUAAGGCCCUCUCCACUUUGUCAACUCAUGUCAUGGUGGUGAUUUUGUUCUUUGGCCCUUGCAUCUUCGUUUAUAUCUGGCCUCACCCCACCUCACACCUGGACAAAUAUCUUGUUGUCUUUGAUGCAGUUCUCACUCCUUUUUUUAACUCAGUCAUCUAUACAUUCAGGAACAAAGAGAUGAAAGUGGCAAUGAGGAAAGUGUGUAGUCGGUUUAUUAUUUAUAGAAGGAUUUCUUAAAUGACACAAGUAUUACAAAAUUUCCUUAACGACUUGAAGUAACAUUACAUAUCUAUAGUUUGAAUACCAGAUUCCAAGUACCUUACUACCAUUGAGUUGUCCCAGAUUAACAAGGGUCUUAAAAAAUCUUAACUGAGAGAUUGGUUGCUGCCUACGGUUGGUUGAAGGAAGCAUGUGGUGUGAAAAACAGUACCUCCCAGAGAAGGACAAUUGCUUGUCUCUUGGGAGACAUUACCUUGAUGAAUUUACUGUGGUCUAGAAUUCAAAAUUGUGUCUCUUCAGUGUCAGAGUGCGUUAUAUAAGGGAAUGCUGAUUGACACUAAAUAAAUUGAUACUAGAUAGAAAUAUAUACGUAUAUCAAGAUGUCAAUUGAUUAACUUGCUGUGAAAGAUCAGCAAGUGGUCUGAACGUUCAUGUAAGCCUAAUUGAUUAAUUCAGUGAAGGGAAAUUUAUGAGAAGUCAAGUGAUGGUAAGGACAUUAAUGAAGGAGGCAACCGGAGUAAGAGGAGUCAGCUGGACACUCAAAUAAUCACAUGAGAUUGUGAUGCCUUUGAGGAUAGGUCUGCCAUCAGAAGUGGAAAAAUAAUGGAUCCUUAGGCCAGGCCACCUUUCUGUCUGGACAGAGCUGGUUGGUCUCACAAGAUUUACCUUUUGACUUUUGUUUGUACUGUGUUUCAGACUAUCUAACUCCUAUGUUCUUUAAGAUUCGUUCUCAUUUUUGUUUGUAACUAGCCAGGUUCUUCCUUUUUCUUCUUCUGAAAUAAUACUAUUCCCAUUGCAUUUACAGGAUUUGAGUCAUUGCAAGCUAAGUUUUAGUUUUGGAGGUGUUUUGUAUAUGACUGUAUUAUAUUCUAUAAGAAUGUGGUAUUUGCAUACAUGGAUUUAGAAAUUUCCAUUCAUAUCCAUUUUAACAAAGAAGAACCAAGGCUCAUUCUCAGAGAUGUAGUACAAAUAACUCUGAACCUUAUGUAUCCUUACACAUAGUCCUUAACCAGUUAAUCAGUAUUUCUCUUGUCUUGUA